AUGUCCAAAUCAGAUGCACCAAUCACAUCCAAACCAAUAAAAUUGAUUGCAGCUGCUUGCAAUAAUAUGGGAAUUGGUCUCAAUGGGAACUUACCCUGGAAUCUACCGAAUGAAUUUAAGUAUAUGUUAAACAAAUUAACAACAGUAGAACAGCCAGGAAAGAAAAAUCUGCUUGUCUGGGGCCGAAAGUCUUUUGAGUCAUUUGAUGAGAACCUAUUACCUCUGGCAAACAGUGUUAUAGUCCUCUUGACCAGGAAACUGAGUGACUUACCGAAGUAUGUUCAUUAUAUCUGCCGUGAUGAAGCAGAAGUUUUGGAGCUCUUAUCGAUGCCUCCUCUGUCUGAAGAGAUUGAGACCGUAUGGGUGUUAGGAGGUGUAGAGUGUUACAAGAAUAUGAUGAGGCACCCUUGGUGUAAUCACAUCUACUUCACUGACAUUAUGGCGGACUUUGAAUGUGACACCUUCUUCCCAGAGUUUGACAAAGACAUCUUUAGGUUAAAGGAAAAUUACCCAGGAGUUCCAUCUGAAAUACAGGAAGAAAAAGGAGUCAAAUACAUCUUUCAAGUUUAUGAAAAAGAUCAAGCAAAGCAAGACCAAUGA